AGGCCCAAUCUGAUCUUAAAUUAAGGAACUUUAAGCCAAGAAUCUCAUGUGGUCCACUUCCUCUUCCUCCUUUGCCUGCAACAGCAAAACCCUACUGAAAACUCACAUUACGAAGCCAUUUCCACCCGGCUCCAAUUGAAAUUGGAGAACUCUAAUUCCAAUCGAUUUAUUCAAUGGCCAAUUUACUGAUCAACAGAACCUUAAAAUCAAUCGGAAAUUCCAAACUAAUCACAGCGCUCUCUUCUCGAUCUCGCCACUUCAGUUCCAUCGCCGCCGUCGAGCAGCCGCAAUCCGACGGUCCAUCGUCGUCCUUCAGCUUCUCGUCCGAUGGCCAAGAAAACAAGAACAAUAGAAACAAUCAAGAUGACAGUAUACACAUUAAGCCGUCGAGUUCCAGUUCCAAGCACGAAACGGCGUCGUCGUCGGUGACGAUGCCAAUGUCGUUCAUGACGGGGUCAAUUGUGGGAAAGAGGUUUUACAACCAAGUGACGACGAGGAAGGCUGAUGAUGGGAAUGGAUGGACUGUAAUGCUUGAUUAUCGGACACUCAAAACGCCUUCCAAAAGGCCCCUCAAGCUUCCUACUUUAGCUCUAGCUAAGGCCAUUGCUGCUGAGUGGGAAUACCAGCAAACAGAUGGGAUUAGGCCCUUCACGAUGCCUCUCAUGAGACUGGCUUGUACUGCACUGGAAAGAGUUCCUCUCACACGGCCAAAAGUUAUAGAUUAUUUGAUGCAGAAAUUUAAUCAAGAUUUAGUCUUCUGUCGCGCACCAGAUGACAAUGAUCUCACAAGCGUUGUCCAUGAAAGGCAAGUGGAGAAAAUUGAUCCUUUACUUGAUUGGGUGAAGUCAGAAUUUGGCUUCAAGCCUGUUGUGUACUCCAGCUUUUUUGGUGGGAAGCAGGAGGAUGGUCUUACAAAGGCUAUAGAAACCGUGCUAAAGCAAACAGAUGACUGUGAAUUAGCAGCAAUUGAUGCCAUUGCAUCAUCAGCACACUCUCUGAUAAUUGCUAUUGGAAUUCAUCUGAGGAAGUUACAGAUUGAAGAAGCAAUUGAGUUGAUUAGGCUUGAAGAAGAUUUACAGGUGGACAGGUGGGGUUUGGUUGAAGGCGGUCAUGAUGUAGAUUUAGCUGAUCUCAAGGUACAGAUCGCAUCAGCUGCUGUAUUCCUAUGUCUUUCAAGAAGGAUUUAAUCUCCGUACAUAUUUUUUCCGUUCACUUACAUUUUAAAAUCUUCAUAAGAGCUAGGUCUUAUGUGGUUUUUUUAAGAAUGUUCACGCCGUUACAGAGAUGUAGAACCCUUCCUUGUGCUGCUCAAAAUUUUGUGAGCUUGUGUUGUGAUCGAUGAGGUGAUGUUGUAAUAAUUGGCAUUGGAAUGUAAGUGGCAAUAAAGUUUUUGACUCUUGUACAAUA